AUGAACCUCGAGAUAGAAACAGCGUUUCCUAUGUCUCUAAUGCACCCGCCAUUUUUUACAUCUGGAAUGCGAGUAAUGGAUUACAGUCGAAUCGGUGCAGUUAUUGGUCAUGAGAUAACUCAUGCAUUUGAUAACAGCAGCAAGAACUUAGAUGGUUCUGGUCAGCUAACAGAAUGGUGGAUGGGCAAUACCCUUUCCGAAUAUAAUAAACGUGCAGAAUGUUUUAUCCAGCAAUAUAACGAAAAAAUCAUACCUGAAAUAGGAAAACCUGUUCCAGGAGCGCAAACUUUGAACGAAAAUAUUGCUGAUAAUGGUGGACUGCGUGAAGCUUAUAUUGCUUUUAAAUUAAUUACAAGAUCCCAUCGAACUGAAUAUCAAGUCGGGAAAAAACUAUAUACAGCUGAACAAAUGUUUUUCAUAAGCUACGGCACGGGUUGGUGUGAAACUAGAACUACAGAAAGUUUUCAAUCCUACUACCCAAAAAUGAUUCAUUCCCCAAGCAGAUUUCGUGCCAAUGUGCCUGUGUCAAAUAUGCCAGAAUUUGCCGAGGCUUUCAAAUGUCCAGCAGGAAGUUCAAUGGUACCCAAACAACGAUGCAUUAUUUGGUAG